ACAAAAGCAGCCGGCUUCCAAAAUCGUCUGCUGCAGGUCGCUGUUUGUUUUCAUUCCAUUUGGCGCGUCAACCGGCAUAUCUGUGUUAGAGCAAAGCUAGUUUUGGUUAAACUAUAAUCAGAGAUGUCGAAAAAGAGCAAAAGGAGCAAGGAAAAGACUGAAGAGUAUACUGUUGAAAAAAUACUUGACAAGCGAAUAACUGCUGGAAAAACAGAAUACUUUUUAAAAUGGCAUGGGUAUCCCGAUUCAGAGAACACUUGGGAACCAGAAGAAAAUUUGGAUUGCCCUGAAAUCAUAGCAGAAUUUGAAAGACAGUUCAACAGAAAAGAUAGAAGAUCAUCAAUUGAAGGGAAACGCAGGACUGAUUCUUCUGAUCUGUCUUCAAGAAUGACAGUAAAAAAAAAGCAUGAGGAGGAAAAAAGAGGCUUUGAUCGCAAUCUGGAGCCAGAUAAAAUCAUUGGUGCUACAGAUACUGCUGGAGAAUUGAUGUUUUUGAUCAAAUGGAAAGGAUGUGAUGAAGCUGAUCUUGUUUCAUCAAAGAUUGCAAAUGUCAAAUGCCCUCAAGUUGUAAUUAGAUUUUACGAGGAACGAUUAAUUUGGCAUCCAAACAAUAGCUGUGAAGGCGAGCAGAGCGAAGCUGGAAAUAAGAGCCAGGCUUGAUUAUUAUAUUUUUUUCACAGAUUUUAUCAAACAAUUAUUGUCAUCAUGUAAAUAUUCAUUUUGAAAUGUUGUUCAACAAGUUUACUUUUUUGUUAUGUAUGUGUUAUUCAUUUUGAAUUUAACAAAAAAAAUGUUGAUGUACAAAUGAUGCUCAUAAAACUGAACUCAUGUUUUUUGUUGUUGCAUUUAAAAAAAAACCAUAGCUUCGGAAUUCACAAUGUUUGUUAGAUGUAGUAAUAAUAAAUUUAUAUUUAUUGUUUUGAAUAUCUUAAGUUUAUAUGGACCAAAUGCGUUCAGAUUAUGUAUCUAGUCUGUAAUAAUUAGUUACAUACUUUAUUCCUAGAUUUUAAUUUUGUAUUUCUGGCUUAUAAUUUACUUUAAUUAUUAUUUCUCAAAGUAUUAAUAUUCUAAGUCAAGUAAAUGUGUAAAGCAUAGAUGUUUUCAGAAAUUCAAAGCAAUUCAUUUUUAUAUGAUGCAUCUUUCACUUUUAAAUAUUAUCAUUUUAUCCAGUUUUAGACAAGACUUAAAGUAUGUCCUAUUUUUUCCAAUUGUUGAAUGUUCAAAUG